ACCUCUGAUUGGUGACCUCGACAUGACCAGCGAUACACUUCCGGUUUCUCUGCGACAUGAUGGUAAGGUCCCCCAGGAGGAGUGUAUCUAAGUACUGGGGGAUGGAUAAGAUGUUUGGAAGCAUUGCCCCCGUGCUGCUGAUUGGCUUAGGAGGGCUGGUGCUGUACCGACUAAUUAAGAGGCUCCGGCAGAAGGCCUGCAUGCAGGACGCGGUGGUGGUCAUCACUGGUGCCAGCUCUGGCUUGGGCAAAGAGUGUGCCCGGGUCUUCCACGCCGCUGGGGCCAAGCUGAUCCUCUGCGGUCGGAAUCGGAAUCUUCUGCAGGAGCUCGUCGAGGAGCUGGGCGCUGUGGUGGACAGCAAACAUAAGUCUGACACUUCACAGACCUACACACCCAGCAUCGUAACCUUUGACCUGUCAAAAGUCGAGGAGGUCACCCAGGCAGCAGAGGAAAUACUGAAGUGUCACGGUUAUGUGGACGUCCUCCUCAACAAUGCUGGCAUCAGUUUCCGUGGGAACAUCCUAAACACGCACAUCGAUGUCCAUAAGGAGGUCAUGGAAAUCAACUACUUCGGUCCUAUAGCUCUGACCCAAGCCAUUCUGCCUUCCAUGGUUCAGAGACAGAGGGGUCAGAUCGUGGUCAUCAGCAGCAUCCAGGGCAAGAUCUCCAUUCCCUUCAGAUCUGCAUAUGCAGCCUCCAAGCAUGCGACACAGGCCUACUUUGACUGUCUACGAGCAGAAGUGGAGCAGUAUGGCAUCAAGGUCUCGGUGCUGAGCCCGGGGUACAUCAGAACCAGCCUCUCUCUGAACGCUGUCACAGGGAAUGGCUCCAAGUACGGAGUGCUUGACAGGAACACAUCAGAGGGCAAGGACCCGCGGGAGGUGGCCGGUGCGGUCCUGGAGGCGACGGAGCGCCGGCGGAAGGACGCGAUGAUGGCUGGAGCGCUACCCUGUCUAGCUGUGUACAUCCGCACGCUCUGGCCAUCGCUCUUCUUCAGACUCAUGGCCGCCCGAGCCAGAAAGGAGCACAAGGCCAAAGACCAAUAAGGAGAGAGCAGAGUGGGAGGAGACUGUGGCCAAAACACAGCGACUAGUAGCUGCUCCAUGCUCUCGUCACAGCAUCACCAGGCUGGAGUCUGCCGUAAGAGUCCAGCAAAGUUGCUGUUCGCUAUUUCAGAUCAAGAAGUUAUUUUGAGUAACUGUUGGACAGCUUCAGAUAUCUUUCAUGUCCUAUAUGAUCCCAGACCAUAAUCUUACCAUGCGGAGCUGAAAUGUGCACAAAUAACAAACAUGGACAGAAGCGAAGAUUACCUUCAUUUAUUACUCAGAUCCCUGGAAAAAGUAUUAAAAGUGCAUUUUUCAGACUUAAUGUUGUUGAAUAACAAAGUUCAUAUUUCACUGCAGGUACUUAAUUUUAAUGGCAAGGGGCUGUAGCGGCGAUUAUCCAGAAUAUUCAGACACUGUUGCAAGUUGUACUGGAGCAUCGUUGGGAAAAUAGUCCCAGCUGAGGUGGGAACCAUAGAAAACGGUUCAGGAAGUUAUGCCGUAGAAAAACUCUAUCCAAAAACCAUCCGGAGUGACUGAGAUGUCUGUUUACUCACUGAAACAUCAUGCAUGUUUGUCUCCAUGUCAUGUGAGAUGCUAUUCUAACUAUAUGAAAGGCAAAUAAAGUAAAACAAAAAACCUUUCAUGUUAAAAAAAAAACUGAAAA